CUCUUUUUCUCUCUUUCUGUCUCCCUUUUUUUUCUUUUCUUUUCUUUUCUUUUCCUCAUUACUUUUUUUUAAAAAAAAAAAAAAACAAUGAAUGAAUCUCUUGACAAUACCUUACAGGAAAGCACUUGUAGAAUGACUGAAAAUCACAACUCCGAUAAACAAAAGGGUGCUCAGCCAUCUCACAAUGCAAAUGCUUCUGUUGUUGCUGCUGUUGCUGGGGAGCAUUUGCUACGCCCAAGCAUCCGGAAACAUAGCCACACUGCAGCUCAUUCAAAGAUUAGACCUAUGAUGCGCACAGCCUCCGGUCUACUCACACACCAUCACCACCACCAUCACCCUCACCCUCACCCUCACCAACAUCAUCAUCAUCAUCAUCAUCAUCAUAGUAGCAAUAGCAAUAGCAAUAGCAAUAACAUCAAUCCUGGUAACAAAACAGGUGUACAUAAACAAAGGAGACGAAGGGCAAAAUUUGUCUUUGGUGGGGAUCUGGAAUCAAAAGAAGAACACGUAAAAGAAGGUGAAGAGAAGGACCACCAGAAUGACCAACAGGAACGCAAGGAUUUUGCUGACAAUGGCAAUAAUGAGGGAUUAUUACAUGAUGAUAAGAAUAUCGCAGUAACAGCAACCGCAGCAGUUACAACAACAGCUCCAGGAGGACAACAUUUGUAUCACCCAAUUCACCAUGACAAUCACCGACAUCGACAUGAUCCAUAUCCACAACAGAAAUUGCACCAUCAACAUAAUCACCAUGAACAACAACAACAACAACAACAUUCCAACGCUUCCACCUCCACGUUUAAAGAUCAAAUCCCAAAGGAGAAUAAAGACACUGACCACAGUCUAAUGUCAGAAAGCAUUCCCAAUAACAGCAAAGAUAACCAUCCAUCACGACAUGUUGAGCAAGGCUCGAUUCAGCGUGAUAAGGAUGAAGCAGCAGAAGCAGUUAUUAUUCAACAAACUCCGUCAGUCAAAUCUGAUGCUACUACCACCACAAACAUAACUGACAGAACAGUUAAAUCAGUCUCUGCCAAAUCACAAAAGACAAAGACAAAGGCAGAGACAGAGACAGAGGCAGAGGUAGAGGUAGAGACAGAUGACAAUUUAUUACAAUCGACGAGAUUAACACCACCACGGGUGCAUGAUCUUCGACAAAAUCAAACUCCACAGUAUGACAUGAUUAAUGUUUCAAAUCCUGCAGAGACUUCGUCCUUAUCAUCAUCCUCCUCCUCAAUCCACUCAAUAACAACCUCCAACCCAGCUAUCUCCUUGCCCGAACCUCUUUAUCCUUUUGGGAAAAAGUCCAUUCAGAACAAGUCAUUGAAUAAUACUAAAAAUAACAAUAGUCACGAUAGCAACGAUAGCGAUGGUCAUAUCAAUAGCAAUAGCAAUAGCAAUAGCAAUAGCAAUAGCAAUAGCAAUAGCAAUAGUAAUGACAAUGGGAACGCCGAUACAGCAACAGUAGCAGUGACAGAGAUAUCAAGAUCGCCAUCACCAUUAUCACCAUCAUCAUCAUCAUCAUCAACAUCAACAUCAUCAUCAUCAUCAACAGAUAAACAAUUACAAGAACAAGAACAAAGGAAUCGACAACAUCUGCCGCCAUCUAAACGACUCUCUCGUCUUCUUCAUCCAAGUCCGUCUACCGCGUCCUUGCCUUCAAUCACUAGGACCAUUUCGCAACCCGUCCUCACUGUCCUUAGCACAGAUCAAGCCAGUGGGGUAGAUGAUGGUAAAGAUGGUAAUCAUGUGGGCAAUCAAGGAAGAACGUCUACAGAAUUAUUAGCUACACUAGGAGAGCAACAACAACAACAACAUGCUUCAUUGGUUUCACCUGUCGCAGGGCUCGUAUCGAAAUUCCUUGGCCCUUACACCACCACGAGUCACAAACGUUCCCAAUCACAGUCCAGCCUUUCAUCCUUAGUAGAUCCAAACCAAGGAUCAGUGCCAAAUAUUCCGAAGGGGAAUAGGGCACAAAAAGGGAACCAUAAACGCCAUGGAUCCUCCUCUUCGAUAAUCCCUAUUUAUCCAGAUCGACCACGACGCCGAAUACAACAACAACAACAGUUGGCACCGCCAAGGCGACCGAAUAGUGCUGGCAGUGGGUUCAUGACAGCAUCAUCAACAUCAUCGACAACAUCAUCAUUAUUACGUCCUACCAACGAAUCACCCAAUUGUUUCAUAUCAAGGUUCUUACCAUCCAUCUCCUCGCCAUCUCUACAUUCUCACUGUUAUCAUUGUGGCUCACCCGUUUCCAAGAACACGAAUAACACACCCCUGCUUUUGAACUCUGCUGGUUAUUUUGAACAAUGUUCCGGAUAUGUGUCAGGAUUCAGUAUUGGUGGCGGUAGCGGCCCUACUAGUGCUUUUGCUACUGCUACUGCUACUGCUGCUGCUGCUGGUCCUACUACUGCUCCCACUGCUGCUCCGAUGCGUCGACGGUUGCCUGCAAGUCUAAGAAUGACGGCCACGACCGCUGCAUUUAGAUCAGAUUCUGAUAUCAACAGCAGCAGCAAUAUCAACAUCAACAGCAACAGUAGCAACGACAGCAAUGUACAACAGGAUUCGACUAUACAACAGCUACCGACUAAUGCCUCCAAUGUAGGAUCUCCUGUUGAAGGAACCAUUUCUUCUGAUCAGCAGCAGCAGCAGCAGCAGCAGCAGCAACCAAUUCCCCCUUUAAGGAGAAACAGUAACAAUAGCACCAAUAGCAACAGUAGCAUGAGUAGCAGAAGUGGCAUAAACAACAACAACAACAACAGCAACGACUAUUACUACAGCAGUGGCAAUGGUUAUGGUCAUACUCAUCAAACUCAUACUCAUACCCAUAGUAACAAUAGUCCUUGGAAGAAUAUGAAAUCCAUAUCGAGAACACAACAAAAACUUGAUUUACAACGCGCGAGUUCACAAGAGGAGGUGGAUGAGUCCGAGAUAGCCCAGCGUAGCAAACUCAUACGGGAGAUGGAGAGGAUCCAGCGUGAGUAUCGAUCCCUUCGCCUGUUUUCAGAUCCCUUGUGGGAAAGUCUUGUGAGAUGUCAGGCAAAUGAAAAUACUUUAUUUGUCUCGAAUUAAAAAAAAAAAAAAAAAAGCUUUUUUCCGAUAACAUAUUUCC